CCGGCACCUCCUUACAGCCGCGGCUCCGCCCCGCCCGCCCGCGGCCCCUCCCCCCCGCUGGGUGCCCGCCGCCUCGGCGGAGGGUCCUGGAGCCACGAACCCGCAAGCAGCGCGCCUCCCGCCCGGUCCCUGCGUCCGGUCCCGGGCCCCCGCGUCCUCCGAUCCGCCGCCAUGGCCAGCGAGGAGCUGGCGCGCAAGCUGCAGCGCCGGCUGCGGCUCGAGGAGGCCGAGGAGGGCGGCCCGCAGCCGGCUCCCCCCGCCGCCCCAGCCCCGGAGCCCGAGCUCGAGCCCGCGCCGCCCGCCCGGGCGCCCACGGCCAGCGCCGACGCCGAGCUGAGCGCCCAGCUGAGCCGGCGGCUGGACAUCAACGAGGGCGCGGCGCGGCCCCGCCGCUGCAAGGUCUUCAACCCCUACACCGAGUUCCCGGAGUUCAGCCGCCGCCUCAUCAAGGACCUGGAGAGCAUGUUCAAACUGUAUGACGCUGGGCGGGAUGGCUUCAUCGACCUGAUGGAGCUGAAGCUGAUGAUGGAGAAGCUGGGGGCCCCCCAGACCCACCUGGGCCUGAAGAGCAUGAUCAAGGAGGUGGACGAGGACUUUGAUGGCAAGCUCAGCUUCCGGGAGUUCCUACUCAUUUUCCACAAGGCCGCGGCUGGGGAACUGCAGGAGGACAGUGGCCUGAUGGCGCUGGCAAAGCUCUCCGAGAUCGAUGUUGCCCUGGAGGGCGUCAAAGGUGCCAAGGACUUCUUUGAAGCCAAGGCCCAGGCCCUGUCAUCUGCCAGUAAGUUUGAAGCCGAGUUAAAAGCUGAGCAAGACGAGCGGAAGCGGGAGGAGGAGGAGAGGAAGCUCCGCCAGGCGGCCUUCAAGGAACUCAAGGCUACUUUCAGUACAUAGUCCGCCGCCCUUGCCCUCCAUCCACAGCUGUGCCUCACAGGUGCCGGGGUGGAGAUGGCCCGGCACACUCACCACCCCUGCCGGCCCCUCCCCGAGCCAGGAUCCACAGUCAGCCCCCAGUGCCAGCCCUGUGCCAGCCCUCAUUGCUCGCAGUGUCCCAGCCCUCCAAGUGGGUCUGGGGUGGGCCUGCUGCCCACCGCCUCCCUCUCCUGCCUCUGCUCCUCUGCCUUUCUCUGUAGCCAGAACUCGAUUCUUCUCGUCCCUUUACCAUGCCACAUCAAGAGCAGUCUGCUGUGCUAAUCUGUACAGAUUGGUGUCUUUUGUGUUGCCCACUUUCUCGGGGGAUUCUCUGCAGCCUCCUCCUUGUUUCCUGCCCAGCCCCCCUACUCUCAUGCUUGGUCAGACCUGCCAGUUGCUUUUGCAUCUUCUGCCCUUGGGUGAUGGUGGGUUUUGAGGGAGGCCAGCAUGGCCCACUGCCUGUCCCCCCUCCAACAGGGGGAAUUGCACUCAGCCAAGGUGACAUAGCAGAGACAAGACAGAGGUUCUGCUCCUUCCUGGCACCUGUCUCCUGGCCCCUUAGUGUCCACCAGGCCUGCCUGCUCCACCCCAUUCCACUCAUGUCUUUCCAUUUCAGCCUUUUUUCCACUCUUAAAUACUGUGCUACUUCCCUGUAAGAAUGAAAGCAUAAUUAGAAUACUAAUGCAUAGAAUGAUCCUGUUCACUCCGACUCUAUGCAAAUUGUAUUACAGCGGACCCCUGACAUUCCCAAAUGGCAAAUCCAGGGCCUUUCAAACUCCCAAAAGUCAUGACCAUCCUCAUCAUUAACCAGUUUCCAACAUCUGCUUCAAGGCAUUGAGGUGAAAAAUGUUCCCUCCUGGUUUACAUUUUCAUAUCUUGAGGGCUCUUGGAAUUGUUCACAAACCCCAGGGUUGGUUGUAUUUUUAAAAAAUAUUUCCUACUGUCAUAUUUAUUAUCUUUUGUACCUGCUGUCUUUACAACAAAGAAAACAUCUGCCUUUCUACCUUACAGCUGUUUCUUUUUAAAUAAACUGUGCAAAUGAACUUGGCCAUCCCA